AGGGCUCAUGUAAUCAGAGAAGUUCCUUUGUUGUGUGUAUCUUUCACAACAGGAAUUGAAAAUGAAUCAGAACGCUGCGACUGUGGCAGCCACGGAGACCCUGGCCGCGGUGCCUGAGCAUGUGCUUCGAGGACUUCCGGAAGCAGUGAGGCUGUUCCCAUCUGCCGUGGACAAGACCCGGAUUGGUGUCUGGGCCACGAAACCUAUUGUAAAAGGCAAAAAGUUUGGGCCUUUUGUUGGCGAUAAGAAAAAAAGAUCUCAGGUUAAGAAUAAUGUAUACAUGUGGGAGGUCUAUUACCCCAAUUUGGGAUGGAUGUGCAUUGAUGCCACCGAUCCAGAGAAGGGGAACUGGCUGCGAUAUGUGAACUGGGCGUCCUCAGGAGAAGAGCAAAAUUUAUUCCCACUGGAAAUCAACAGGGCCAUUUACUACAAAACAUUAAAGCCAAUCGCGCCUGGCGAGGAGCUCCUGGUCUGGUACAAUGGGGAAGACAACCCCGAGAUAGCAGCUGCGAUUGAGGAAGAGCGAGCCAGCGCCCGGAGCAAGCGGAACUCCCCGAAAAGCAAGAAAGGGAAGAAAAAAUCCCAGGAAAAUAGAAGCAAAAGCAGCAAAAGCGAAGACCAAAAGCAGAAGCCGAGUGAGCCAGAUUCCACCCCUGCGAAUAUGAGAGAGUCUGCAGAAGGUCCUAAAGACGAGGACGAGAAGCCCUCAGACGCGGCAGCUGAGCCAGCCGAGGCGCUUCAGGUGGAGGAGGAGGCGUGUCCGGACGUGCUUCCAGAAGGAACUGCCCCGUCCCCAGCCUGCGAGCUACAAGCUGAGCCAGAUGAGAAGCCAGAAGCCACAAAUAGUGAGGUGAAUGAAUUGGAGGAAGAGGAAGAAGAAGAAGAGGAGGAUGAGGAUGAUGAGUUGGAAGACGAUGGGGAGGAAGACACUGACUUGCCAAAUGAGGGCUCUCUGAAAGAAGAGCCAGAAAUACAGUGUGAUGAAAAGCUGGAUGAUUUAUUAGAAGAACCAAAAACUACUUUGAAAGAAAAUUUGGAAGACUCUCCCGAGGUAACACCUGUAACCCUGACCCCUAAAACUAAAGGAGAACCCAAUGGCGAUGUAUUUGACACAUUCAUGUUUCCAUGUCAGCACUGUGAGCGGAAGUUUACAACCAAACAGGGCCUUGAACGUCACAUGCACAUCCACAUGUCUACAGUCAAUCAUGCAUUCAAAUGCAAGUACUGUGGGAAAGCCUUUGGCACCCAGAUUAACCGGAGGCGGCAUGAGCGGCGUCACGAGGCAGGGCUGAAGCGAAAACCCAGCCUAACACUACAGCCAUCCGAAGACCUUGCUGAAGGCAAACCCUCUGGAGAGAAUGUGACUCCCCAAGGUGAGUCCAAUCCUCUCACCCUUGGGCAAGACUGUGUGGCUUUGAAUUCCGAGAGAGCGUCCCAAGAAGCAGUGAGCCCUUCCACUGUGGGAGAGAAUGGGGAAGUUAAGGAACUGCACCCGUGCAAAUACUGCAAGAAGGUUUUCGGGACGCAUACUAACAUGAGGCGGCACCAGCGCAGAGUGCAUGAGCGUCACCUGAUCCCCAAAGGUGUGCGGCGAAAAGGAGGCCUAGAAGAGCCCCAGCCCCCAGCAGAGCAGGCGCAGCCCCCCCAGAAUGUCUACGUCCCGAGCACAGAGCCCGAGGAGGAAGGGGAAGCAGACGAUGUGUAUAUCAUGGAUGUUUCUAGCAAUAUCUCUGAAAACCUCAACUACUACAUAGACGGUAAAAUCCAGACUAAUAGCAGCACUAGUACCUGUGAUGUGAUUGAGAUGGAGUCUAACUCGGCUGACUUGUACAGCAUCAACUGCCUGCUCACUCCGGUGACGGUGGAAAUUACGCAGAACUUAGAACCCUCUCAGGCCCCUGUAACAGAGGACCUCCCCAAAGAGCCUGCCAGCGGCACAAGCAGUGAGUCCAAGAAGCGGAGAACGGCCAGCCCGCCUCUGUUGCCCAAAAUUAAAGCCGAAACGGAUUCGGAUCCCAUCGCACCCUCGUGCUCCUUAAACCUGCCGCUUAGCAUAUCAGCUACCGAAGCGGUAUCCUUUCACAAGGAGAAAAGUGUGUAUUUGUCAUCCAAACUCAAGCAGCUGCUUCAAACUCAAGAAAAAUUAACGCUUCCUGCAGGAAUGGUCACAACCGAGAUGCCAAAACUGGGCCCUUCAGUGGCCACACCUGCCUCCAUGUUACCUGUGACCUCAAGUAGGUUUAAACGGCGGACCAGCUCUCCGCCCAGCUCGCCACAACACAGCCCUGCCCUCCGAGACUUCGGGAAGCCAGGCGACGGGAAAGCUGCAUGGCCCGAGGCAGUCCUGUGUUCCAAAAAACCCAAGUUAGAAAACCACAGCAACUCACCGGCCUGGAGUCUGUCUGGGCGGGAUGAGAGAGAAGCCGGGAGCCCCCCAGGCUUGGAUGAGUAUAAAAUCGCUAAAGAGUGGGCCUCCAGCUCUGCGUUCAGUAGCGUGUGCAACCAGCAGCCCCUAGAUCUGUCCAGCGGCGUCAAGCAGAAAACCGAGGGCCUGGGCAAGACUCCCAUGCAAUGGGAAUCUGUGCUAGAUCUUAGCGUGCACAAAAAGCCCUGUGGUGACUCUGAAGGCAGAGAGUUGAAAGAGAACCACACACUGCAGCCGACCGGUAGCACCACAAAGAAGAAGAAGCCAACCACCUGCAUGCUGCAGAAGGUUCUUCUCAACGAGUACAACGGCACCGAGUUGCCUGUGGAAAAUACUACAGAUGUGGUGGCCAGGAGCCCAAGUCCUUGUAAAUCCCUUGAGCCCCAGCCAGAUCCUGACCUGGGCCCCGACUCUAGUUCAUCUGCUUUGACUGCACAGUCGCCACCCGACGUUUCUCCUUCAUCGCCCACCCUGCAGGCUGCUGCUCUUUGUUCUGCUCAGCUGCCGCCCCUUUUGGUCCCCACAAAUCCCUCUUCUCCUCCACCCUGUCCUCCGGUCCUAACUGUCGCCACACCCCCACCUCCACUCCUCCCUACUCUCCCCCUGCCUCUGCCAGCCCCUUCUUCCGAUGCUUCUCCUCGCCCAUGCCCCUCUCCUCUCUCCACGGCCGCCACACAGUCCCCACUUCCCAUUCUUUCCCCGACAGUGUCUCCCUCUCCCUCUCCUAUCCCCUCGGUGGAGCCACUCAUGUCUGCAGCGUCUCCUGGGCCUCCCACACUUUCUUCCUCCUCCUCUUCCUCAUCAUCCUUCUCUUCCUCUUCCUCCUCCUCAUCCCCUUCUCCACCCCCUCUCUCAGCGGUGUCAUCUGUUGUCUCCUCUGGGGAUAAUCUGGAAGCUUCUCUCCCCAUGAUAGCCUUCAAGCAGGAAGAGUUGGAGAGUGAAGAGCCAAAGCCCCGGGAAGAGCCCCAGUCGUCAGGCAAGCAGGAGACCGUGCAGGAAACAUUCAACAAAAGUUUUGUGUGCAAUGUCUGUGAAUCACCUUUUCUAUCCAUUAAAGACCUAACCAAACAUCUAUCUGUUCAUGCAGAAGAUUGGCCCUUCAAAUGUGAAUUCUGCGUGCAGCUCUUUAAGGAUAAGACCAAUUUGUCAGAGCAUCGCUUUUUGCUCCACGGAGUUGGGAAUAUCUUUGUGUGCUCUGUUUGUAAAAAGGAAUUUGCGUUUCUGUGCAAUUUGCAGCAGCACCAGCGAGAUCUUCACCCAGACAAGGUGUGCACACACCACGAGCUUGCGAGUGGGACUCUCCGGCCCCAGAACUUCACAGACCCCAGCAAGGCCCGUGCGGAGCACAUGCAGAGCUUGCCAGAAGACCCUUCCGAAGCAACUAAGGAGGAGGAGGAGGAGGAGGUCAACGAUUCCUCUGAAGAGCUGUAUACAACCAUAAAGAUAAUGGCUUCUGGAAUAAAGACGAAAGACCCAGAUGUGCGAUUGGGUCUCAACCAGCAUUACCCAAGCUUUAAGCCACCUCCGUUUCAGUACCAUCACCGAAACCCUAUGGGCAUUGGGGUGACGGCCACCAAUUUCACCACCCACAACAUCCCACAGACGUUUACCACUGCCAUCCGCUGCACCAAGUGUGGGAAAGGUGUGGACAACAUGCCCGAACUACACAAACACAUCCUGGCAUGUGCAUCGGCCAGUGACAAGAAGCGGUACACCCCCAAGAAGAACCCAGUUCCCCUGAAGCAGACGGUGCAACCCAGAAAUGGGGUGGUGGUGGUGGAGAACCCUGGGAAGAACGCCUUCAGGCGCAUGGGGCAGCCCAAAAGGCUGAACUUCAGUGUCGAGCUCAGUAAGAUGUCAACCAAUAAGCUGAAGUUGAACGCCUUGAAGAAGAAAAACCAGCUAGUGCAGAAGGCGAUCCUGCAGAAAACCAAGGCUGCCAAGCAGAAGGCUGACCUCAGGAGCACGUCCGAGCCGUCUUCCCACAUCUGCCCGUACUGCAACAGGGAGUUCACGUACAUCGGGAGCCUGAACAAGCACGCUGCCUUCAGCUGUCCCAAAAAACCCCUUUCUCCUUCCAAAAAAAGAGCUUCCCACUCUUCCAAGAAAGGUGGACACUGUUCGCCUGCAAGCAGCGACAAGAGCAGCAGCAGCAACCACCACCGCCGGCGGACGGCGGACGCCGAGAUUAAGAUGCAGAGCACGCCGACCCCUCUGGGCAAGACCCGUGCUCGCAGCACCGGCCCCACACCCGUCCCCUUGCCCUCCUCGUCCUUCAGGGCCAAGCAGAAUGUCAAGUUUGUGUCUUCGGUGAAGUCCAAAAAACCAAACUCCACCUCCUCCUCUUCUGCCUCCUUCUCUGCCUCCUCCUCCUCUUCCUCCUCUUCCUCAUCCUCUUCCUCCUCCUCUUCCUCCUCCCUAAGGAACUCCAGCCCAAUAAGAGUGGCCAAAAUGCCACAUGUCGAGGGGAAGAAGCCCAAAGCUGUGGCCAAGCACCACCCUGCGCAACUGGCCAGCAAAGUGUCCCGGAGCCCACAUCGCGUCCAGAAGAGCAGAACCUCGCUGCCGAGCAAGGUUGCUGUGGCUAGCAAGAAAAGAACAGACCGGUUCAUUGUCAAGUCUCGGGAGCGGAGCGGGGGCCCAGUCACUCGCAGCCUACAGCUGGCCGCUGCCGCUGCUGACCCAAGUGAAAGCAGGAGAGAGGACGGCAGUGCCAAGCAGGAGCUCAAGGACUUCAGGUGAUGCUCAAGCCUCCUUUCCUGCAACCCGACCCCGGGGAACUGGGCGGCAGACACAUCGCAGAUGAGUGGACGGCAGAGGGGCCCACUUACCAACCCAUCAAGUUCUGAAGUGUUUUGGGAUUCAAAACACUCGUGUCCAACAGGAAAUGGGGUUUUGAAGAUCUGGGCCAGCAGUAGGCGUUUCCUUCCGAGUGCCCAAGCACACUUAGUGCCCAGCCAGCGCCAUGGCUUAGGCCUCAGCCUCAGUGCGCCACUGGCACAGGAAUGUGGUUUUAAGUGCAAUCUUCAAUCCCGUGCAGUAUCUUUCUACUCCACUAUGUUUUAUUUAGGGAAGAUUUUAUUCAGGAAGCAAGCCCUCGCUCACAUGUUCAGAAACACAUGCUUUCAAAAGAUCUGUUCCCAGAGGUCCUGCUGUACUUCCCCCUGCGCCCCAAGCACUUCCUCAGAACAGGCAGCACAUCCCUUUCCUUCCCUUCAAUCCAGUCUCUGCCCGCCCUCUCCAACAGCGCUCAGGACUUUUACAACCGAGUGCCAGCUCAGGAUCCCAGUGUGCACUUGCAGUCGACCAGGUGAAUGACUGCAGCCAGAGCCUGCUGUUGGACUCUUAGUGACUCGCUAGCUGGCCAUUUCCUAAAGCACAAGCCGUUUGGGUAAAUCGGUGAAACAGGCAUGUGCGCCAAAUCCUUUUUCUAGGACAAAGUCUCCAGGAAAUCGGGCGUCCCGCCCACCCACCUGUCAGGUUCUCUCAAGAACAGUGGCUCUGUGUUAGGGAGGCGCCAAGAUGUACCCUCCAGAGCCUGCCGGCUUGUGCCUGGUACUGCCCGGAGGUCUGCUGCUGAGCCCUGCCUCUUGUCCUGCUCGCCGCCUCCUAAGUAAAGUGCUCAUCAGUUCCUGAAUGCUCCGUUUUAAGCAUUGUUUGCUUGUGUGAUGGGUUAUCAAUACUGGGGUCCCUCUUGCAGCCAAUCAAGAAAACGAAAACCCAAGGGCUCAGAAUGAAGUGCAGACCAAGUUUUCUCAUUGACUUAAGAAUUGACCCAGAACAAAUACAGUGAUGGUGAUUCCCCAGGUGUCCAUCUCUGUUUCCCCUUCCCAGUUCAGACCUCCUCCCAGUGUGUGUCCUUUGUGUAUGAGGCAAAGGUCCCCAAGUACCUUCAGAGUCCCUUAUGUCACUAUCUUAAUAACAUGUGUUUGUCUUAUUGGUCUAUUCACUUUCUUUAACAUGCUCAGUUCAUGUAAGGUUCUAUUAUGUUGUCAUUUAUCUUCAGUUUUCUUAUUUUCUAGGAACUUCCUGUAGAAAAGCCCCCAAAACAAAACAAACCUAAAUUGACUAAAUAACGAUUAUUGCAUGCUCAACUUAGGAUAAGCACUACGACAAAGGAUAUGAAAUCUACCAAGCUUGCAAGACCAGUUGAAGCUGACUCACAAAUCCUAGCACCCAUCUGAUUGCCGGCAGGCUUCUUACUACCCUGGGUGGUCAGUGCCCACUACCCCCUCCCCCGCCCCCGCCCCCCCCAAAGCUGGGCUCCUGGGAGACUGGGAUCCAUUGAGGAGGGCCAGCGGUGAGCUAGAUGAUCUGGCUCCUCACCAGACUGGGAACUCCGCUCCAUGUGGGCCCUUGCUUUUGGUACACAAUAGAGAAAAGAAUGAUCUGAAGACAACCUUGCACAGCCAGCUGCUCCCUGUUUUAUCGGUAGUUCGUGGUAGAUGUCAGGGACGGCACUCAUUUUAAAAUGCUUUGGUCUCACACCAGCUCUUGACAUGGUUCUUUUACAUGAACUGUAGACAAGAGACACAGUGAGCUUAUCCCCCUCCCCCCCUUUUUUUCUUUUUUAUUACAAGCAGAUUGCCAGCAUAAUGGAGAGGAAACCAGAUUGGAUAUGAACUUUUUUAUGUCUCUCCAAGUGUCACGAUUAUCUAUCCAAGUGGAGAUUAUCCUCUCAGUUUAUUAUCUGGCAGUAAUUUAUAACUACCAUAUUAUCAGUUACUGUGGAGCAGCAUCAGUGUACAGGACGGCCCCUGGGCCUGUGUAGAUGUAUGUGUACACGUAAAUACAGAUGCACUGUGUAUCAGGUUUUACACUUGAUCUCUAAUUGAUGAAAAACAACAGAUUGGCCUCUUUCCUCAGUUUCAUUUCUCCUUGCAGUCACCUGCCUCCCCUACCCCCAAAUUAAUGAUUGAGUUGGUGGAAAACAGCUAGGUUUUUAUUCAUAUCAUUUUUUUGGUUUUGUUUUGGUUUUUUUUCAACUUUCAAAAGUAAUCUACCUCUUACAACUUGUAGUUUAAUAUUUGUUCGGUGAAUUUGUGCCACUUUAACCCUUUCACUAUCAUUCCCAUUUUGUUACAUUUCUGUUAUGGGGACUUUAUGUUGGAAUAUUGUAUAAAGCAUUUGUAGCAGUUUAAAAAUAAAAUAUUUAAAAUUAUUUAAAUUUGUUUUGGACGCUUCAAUUGUAUUAUAUGUGAUUUACAUUUUACAUAAAAGUCAUUUGUUUUGAGUUGUUAAUCUUGGAGUGUUGAUACUGUAUUGGUUUGCUGUUGGUUAUUUUAUUGUUGGAGAGUGAUAUAAGACUAUUCAAUUGAAAACAUUAAAACCGACCAUUUGACUUACGAAAGGGGUUGUCCGUUGAUUGAACCAUUAGAGCCUUCACAGAAAGAGAGGGAUGAAGUGUAGCUAGACAAGGUCAGAGUGGUGUUUGCCAUUCCCCCCCUUCUAGCAUGGAAUGAGUCGUUGGAGCUUGUCAGAGGUAUUAAAAAAGAACUACCCCCCCCCCAAAAAAAAAAAAAAAAGAUUUUUAUGCUGUUGCUAGCAAGCACUUGAAAAAAUGGGGGAAUUCCAGUGAUACAUUUUUAAAAUAAUUGUAACCAAUAAAAAACACUUUCCUAAA